UAGACUUGUGCCGACCUUGCAGGUCCUCCGAGGGGCGGGGCCAGCUUCACCGCACGCUAGCGGCCAUUGUGGGCGGCUGGGCGCAGAGUAGCCUUGCCGACGCUGAGACCCCCAACGCGAGGCGCUCGGAGCGUCCGGGGUACGCACACCGGGCUCGCCUACUCUCCCACCAGCUCCUCCCAGCAGCAGGCGCCCCACACCGCUCCCCGCCGGCGCACGCUCCCAGCCCCGCCCUCGGGCGGCGCACGCACAGGCCGCGAGCGCGCGCCUCCCCCGCGCUCCCGCGCUAGACGCACGGCCGCGAGCGCGCGUGCGCCUCACGAACGUCCCCGGGAGCUUCGCCAGAGCGAGCGCGGGGUUGGGCGCGCACGAGUGAAAAGGAGGCGGCGGCCGCGUCUGCGAGCAACAGAUCCGGGCGCCGCGAGCUGACCUCGUCUGCCGCUGACCCAUUUCGUUCUCUAUUUUUGAAUUUCAGAGAAAAAUUACAUUUGGGAAAAAAAACCCUAAAAACCACCCAACAACCUUUCUUUCUUUUUUUAAAUGGCGCUGGCCCCGGGUCAGCGGGCGGAUUUCUUUGCACCAAGAUGGGCUUUGCCGUUUCCGUCGUGGGCACCCGUGGUGGCUUGAUUGUCAGUCCUCUCCGGGCAUUUUUGAGGCCAGGAACCGAGCGCUGCACGUAAGCGACUCGCCCUCCAAAGCGGCUGGGCGUUUCGGAUUGUGACUUGGGGGGCAGAGCGCAGUGGAUCGCGAGCACCGCGUGCUCUCUGCAAAACCGGCGGCGAGCCGGAGGCGAGUCGCUCCCAGGGUGAAACCGCUCCCGGGCUGAGCGAGCCCGGCCCCGUGCGCAGUGCAGCGGCCCCGAGAGCUGGUCCUGUCCCCGCCGCGCCGGGAAAAUGGAGGCUGUGAUCGAGAAGGAAUGCAGCGCGCUUGGAGGCCUCUUCCAGACCAUCAUCAGCGAUAUGAAGGGGAGCUAUCCAGUUUGGGAAGAUUUCAUAAACAAAGCCGGAAAGCUGCAGUCCCAGCUGCGGACAACAGUAGUAGCAGCAGCUGCCUUCUUGGACGCCUUUCAGAAAGUGGCUGACAUGGCCACCAACACACGUGGUGGUACCCGGGAGAUUGGCUCGGCACUCACCAGGAUGUGCAUGCGGCACAGAAGCAUCGAGGCCAAGCUGAGGCAGUUCUCCAGUGCGUUGAUUGAUUGCCUGAUAAACCCGCUUCAAGAACAGAUGGAAGAAUGGAAGAAAGUGGCCAACCAGCUGGACAAGGACCAUGCAAAAGAAUAUAAGAAAGCUCGCCAGGAGAUAAAAAAGAAGUCCUCUGACACGCUGAAACUGCAGAAGAAGGCGAAGAAAGUGGAUACUCAGGCCUCUUCCAGAUACUCUGAAGAAAAGAAUGCUCCUGCUGUGUUUCCUGAGGGUGUGCUGGCUGACACAGGGCUCUGCAGGGUUGCACAAGGGAGAGGUGACAUCCAGCCUCAGUUGGACAGCGCCCUCCAGGAUGUCAACGAUAAGUAUCUCCUGCUGGAAGAAACGGAAAAGCAGGCUGUGCGGAAAGCGCUGAUCGAAGAACGCGGCCGAUUCUGCACUUUCAUCUCCAUGCUGCGGCCCGUGAUUGAGGAAGAGAUCUCCAUGUUAGGAGAAAUUACCCACCUUCAGACCAUAUCGGAAGACCUGAAGAGCCUGACCAUGGACCCUCACAAACUACCCUCCUCAAGUGAGCAGGUGAUUUUGGACUUGAAAGGUUCUGAUUACAGCUGGUCCUAUCAGACGCCACCCUCGUCACCCAGCACUACCAUGUCCAGAAAGUCAAGUGUCUGCAGCAGUCUGAACAGUGUCAACAGCAGUGACUCCCGGUCCAGCGGCUCCCAUUCCCACUCCCCCAGCUCGCAUUACCGCUACCGCAGCUCCCACCUGGCCCAGCAGGCACCCGUGAGGCUGUCCAGCGUGUCCUCCCAUGACUCAGGAUUCAUAUCCCAGGAUGCCUUCCAGUCCAAGUCACCGUCCCCCAUGCCACCUGAAGCUGCCAACCAGAACUCAUCCAGCUCGGCCUCCUCGGAAGCAUCGGAAACCUGCCAGUCAGUGAGCGAGUGCAGCUCCCCCACCUCAGUCAGCUCAGGCUCCACCAUGGGCGCCUGGGUGUCCACAGAGAAGUUGUCUAAUGGGUUUUCUCACUUUAGUUUAUCAAGUGAGUCCCAUGCAGGGCCCGUGGGUGCAGGCCCUUCCCCUCAUUGCCUGCCUGCCUCCCGCCUGCUCCCUCGGGUCACCUCUGUCCACCUUCCUGACUACGCUCAUUAUUACACCAUUGGGCCCGGCAUGUUCCCGUCAUCUCAGAUCCCUAGCUGGAAGGACUGGGCAAAGCCAGGACCCUACGACCAGCCACUGGUGAACACCCUCCAGCGCCGCAAAGAGAAACGGGAGCCAGACGCCAAUGGGGGCGGACCCACUAGUACAGGAGGGCCGCCUGCAGCUGCUGAAGAGGUGCAGAGACCGAGGAGCAUGACUGUGUCAGCUGCCAGCAGGCCCGGUGAGGAGAUGGAGGCCUGUGAGGAACUGGCGCUUGCCCUGUCACGGGGCCUCCAGCUGGACACGCAGAGAAGCAGCCGAGACUCGCUGCAGUGCUCCAGCGGCUACAGCACUCAGACCACCACCCCGUGCUGUUCCGAGGACACCAUCCCCUCCCAAGGUACGAGGCGCCCAGCUUGCCGUCCGGCUUUCCGGGCAGCUCCAGUUUCAGAUUAUGACUACUUCUCAGUGAGUGGCGACCAGGAGGCGGAUCAGCAGGAGUUUGACAAGUCCUCGACCAUCCCACGGAAUAGUGACAUCAGCCAGUCUUACAGGCGGAUGUUCCAGGCUAAGCGUCCAGCCUCAACUGCUGGCCUUCCCACCACCCUCGGACCCUCUAUGGUCACACCGGGGGUGGCGACCAUCCGACGGACCCCUUCCACCAAGCCUUCUGUCCGUCGGGGGACCAUUGGAGCUGGUCCCAUCCCCAUCAAGACACCAGUGAUCCCUGUCAAGACCCCAACUGUCCCAGACCUCCCUGGGGUUUUGCCAUCCCCUCCAGAUGGGCCAGAGGAGAGGGGUGAGCAUAGUCCUGAGUCUCCCUCUGUGGGGGAGGGACCCCAGGGUGUCGCCAACAUAUCCUCUUCCUUGUGGAGUGGCAAAGCCUCUGUCAACCCUCCACUUCCAGGCCCAAAGCCCUGUAUACCUGAGGAGCACAGACAGGCGAUUCCAGAGAGCGAGGCUGAAGACCAGGAGAGGGACCCCCCAAGUGCCACUGUCUCCCCAGGCCCGAUUCCAGAGAGUGACCCUGCAGACCUGAACCCAAGAGAAAGCCCUCAGGGAGAAGACAUGCUGAAUGCCAUCCGAAGGGGUGUGAAGCUGAAGAAGACCACCACCAACGAUCGCUCAGCCCCUCGUUUCUCUUAGGCUCUCAGAGUUCCCAGGAAGUGCUGCCAGUGGGAAAUGAACUCUUUCAUUAAUAAAACCUAAUUUGUCUGAUCCAUUCCAGUCUAUAAUCAAGCAAAAGAUUUUGUAGGCAAUUCGGAAUUCUGCUCUUUUGAAAGUAUUCAUCUUUAGAUAAGAAUUAAAAAGCAACAUAUGUAAUUGACAUAAUCUUGAUCUUUUAAUUUGUAAAUAUUGACAGUUUCUUUCUGCAUAUUUUAAUCUUAGUUUCCCUUUUGAUUUUUCUGAAGGUGCCAAAUUCCAUUUAACUUUUUUACAAGUCUUUGUAAAAUUUUAAAUGCAUAAAGGGGAGGGGGCGGGUUGGGACUGGGAACCUCGGAGUAAUUUCACAAAAGGAUUACAUACUUAUUCUUUUUCUUCCCUCAAGCUUUUGUAGAUGCAUUGUAGUUGUCUAGUUUAGAAGCAAAUUCAAGUUAUUUUAAUGGACAAACACAACGGAUAAGGGGUAAAGCCCUCAUCCACGUAUACUGUGUUCUGGAUGAGAAAGGCAGGAGUAACAAUUGAGCAAUAUGCAGAGAAGUAAACCCGGACAUGGUGGACUGUGUUGGGAUUGGGGGGAGGGCUGUGGGAGGGGCACACUGUCAAUUUAGCCAAUCCUGUUACAUUUAAGAGUAGCCUUGUAGGUUGAAUUUCCAGUAGCUUCAUGGUUAACGCAUCCGAAUAAGCCAUACUAGAUUGCAGUGUUUGUUUCUGUAGGGUUUUUUAAGGACUUCCUUUCUCCCAGCAUUCCUCUUGACCGCACAUAGCACCCACAUCCAGUCCCACGCAUGCUGCUGCCACAGGUAGACAUAGACCCCUAUUACUUUCUCGUCUUAUACUCACUUCUACUGAAUCCAAUACAUCCAAAGGGGUAAGGCAAUUCAGAAAACGUGAAAACACUUAAAAAUGAUAGCAGGGAAUUCUUAGAUAUAGAAAAUGCCUUUUACUUAACUGUGCCCAGCAGGCUGGGUACCUUAAAAAGCCCAGAUAUUUUGAAAAAAAAAAAAAAAAAAAACUCAAACAGAUUUAUCAAGGGUAACCGGCUUGGAGUCUAGCAAUUUUGCCAAUGUGCUUACCAAUCAGGGGGCUUGUUUUUCUUCCAUUCCAUAAAUAAGGGCAGUUGAUUGGCUUCUAAACACCGGAGCGAAGAGGAUUUAUUUACUGUCAUUGGGAGUCUGAUCUCUAGUCAGGCAAUGCUUUUUCUUCUUUUUAAAUGGGUCUUUUAUUUUAAAGUGGAAGUUAAAUUUGUUACAAUGCCCAUCCCUAAAGUCAACAGAGAUAUUUGUAGAUGUCAAAGAAUCAUGUUGAAGACAGCCGUGUCUAAAAGGCCAGGCCCUCAGAGUCCAGUGGCUGACAGUCCACAUUUGACUUUGUAGGACAAGAAGCUUGGUGGGUCCUAUGUGCUCUGUAGAUCUCUGUUGGCUCCGACCUCUGAUGACAUAAGCUUAUACUUUAAUACAUAACCACAUUGGAUGUGCGAGUACUGUUCCUCUAGUCAUUGUUCUACAUAUUAACGUUUAACACUGCUGUGAUUGCUCCAAGGACAUUUUAUGUUAUGGCUUUAAAGCAAAGGCAUGAUUAUUAGAAAUGACUUAAGCUCUUUUCUUUGAAAAACAAGCUCCUUUUACACACUAUAAGCAAACAGUAGUGCCUGUGGUUUAGCCCACCAAUCUUGAUGACUCAAAGUAGCUGAUGCAUUGUGCAUAUGAUGCUUGAGAUGGUUUUUGCAGAUGCAGAAAUCACAGCAAGGUCAUUCUAAUAGAUACAAGUGGUAUUUUAAACCUUUGAAAGGAAUGGAUGUAACUGUACGUUGGUACAGCUUUUCACUUGUUUAGUUUUUAAACGUUAGUAUAAUCUGAAUAAAGUUAAUAUAAACUGUUGCCAAAUUCAAUGUAGAAAGAAUGUGACAAACACCUUGGGUAGUUCUGUUUGUGUUUUUGCAUAUUGUAAAAGCAGUGUCACAGCUGAAAUGCCCUUCUAAAGGUAAAUUAUUGUGGUUUAGUUGCUAGUUUGUAUUGAGAGUUGACCUCUCCCUGUGCAGUUUUUGUUCUAAACUUGUAUAAUAACAGUGUGUAAAGUGUCUCCCUUCUACAAUGUAACAACUGCUUCAGCCUACCUUAUAAAUAAAGAACCACUAA